AUGGGUAUAGGGUACCCGAAAAUACUAGUAUUAUUCUUGGCGUCCCAUGGUCUCGCCGUUCGUGAGCUUGUCGACGGUCCAAUACCCAAUAUUCAAUGCCGAACCUCCAGUUCCAUUACCAGUAUGUUCUCCGGGUACACCCUUGACAUCGACAUUAAGCAGGCACAACCCGCGGUCUUGAAUAUGCGACGAUGGAUGUCGAUAAACCCUGUGCCGAAGGUGGUGUGCAUUCUACAGGAACAGCUUGACAUCGACAGUGAAGAAACGCGUUUCUUGUACCUGGCGUACAGGGGGUCUUGA